AUGUCGUACAACGCAGAUGAUUGUCCCGAUAGUGGCGAUACGGUCGGUUCCGGUGGUGGAAGUGGUGGAUCGUCAGCGGCAAGUAGUGGUGGCGGUGGCACGACCGCCGAGUUAAAUUGCGCGACACCGACCUCACCCGGGAUGACACGGCAGGACGCGGUGGUGGCGAUGCACGGUGACGGGUCGACCGAUGGGGGUGAUGCGGCCAGCAGCACUACAGCACCGAUGCCCGGCUACGAGCCAUGCGAUCCGCUAAUUAUCUUGAAUCUAUUUCAAUCCCUGUCCGCCACCACCAACUCGCUGGAGCUGCAGAUGAAAAUCAAUCUUCACCUGAAGGCCCUCACCCGAUCACCGUACGUCUUUCUCGUGCCAAUCCUGCAUUCCAGCGAGGAAGGUCUCAUACAGGUCAUUAACGAUAACGUGCUCGAGAAGGAGAUUCGCUUUUCCAUCAACUCGUCACAUUUCCGCAGUGGGUCACAUCACAACGGUUACCCAUUCGUCAUCGAUGACCUUAACAAGGAUUUUUCCGAAGUAAUUGAGAUGGUUGUCGGCAACAAGCACAACACCCUGAUCUACGACAUCCUAGGCCCGAAGGUGAGCAAACUCCAGUCACAAACAUCGACGACAUCGGCCUCCUCAACGUCAUCGCUGAACGAGCUGAACUUCACGUCUUCCGUCCAGCAGACGCAACAGACGUACAACGGUGCUACGAUGGUUCCACCGCUCCAGCAACAGCAGAUCGCAUUGUUCGUCUGCAUUGCGGGCGACAGCUCGUCCCGAUCGCGGUAUCAAUUCUACAUCGACGAUACGUUCCGGUACGUACUCGGACACCUGGUGACGGCGUUCGAGCUGUACGAGGAAAAGCGUGUUCGUGAUCAGUGCCAAAAUUUGCUCCAAGUUGCCCGCCGGCUGCUGGGAAAGAUAGGUGAUCUGGGACAGCUGCUGCGGGGCGUGAUGACCGAGGCGAAGGAGCUGGCGGCCGCAGAACGAUGCUCUCUAUUUCUGCUCGACAAGCACACCGGCGAACUGGUUUCGAAGGUUUUCGAUGGCAAUGAGGCCUCGAAGGAGAUACGCAUCGAGAGCGGCAAAGGGAUCGCAGGGUACGUCGCACAAACUGGGAAACUGCUAAACAUCCGCAACGCAUACCAACAUCCACUGUUCUACAAAGGGGUGGAUGAGUCGACCGGCUUCAAAACGAGGAAUAUUCUAUGUUUUCCCAUCUGUGACGAGGAAGGUGUUAUCGGUGUUGCUCAGCUGUGCAAUAAGCUGAGCGGAUUCCAUUUCGACAAAUGUGACGAAGAGGUGGCGACCGCAUUCUCCGUCUACUGUGGCAUCAGUAUUAUGCACGCCCUCGUGCACAAACAGGUCCAGAAGGCAGAGGCACGCUACAAACUCUCCCAGGAGCUGCUGCUCUACCAUAUGAAGGUGCCGGACAUGGAGGUAAAUCACGCACUGGAAGCAGUGAAGGAACCGGAUCGGGAGCAGCAGGAACUCUAUCGGACCUUUCCACGCUUCGAAUUCUGCCCGCGGGAUGUAAAGGAUCAGGCACUGUCGGUACAGCUGGCGAUGCGAAUGUUUUACGAUCUGAACUUUGUCAGUAGCUUCAAGAUACACGAGUACAAGCUGGCUCGGUUUGUGCUGCUGGUGCAGAAGGGCUACCGGGACACACCGUACCAUAACUGGUGGCAUGCAUUCUCUGUCGCACACUUUGCUUACUCGCUGAUGAUGAAUCUACGGUUGAUUGAGCGUGGCAUUAUAACCAAAAUGCAAGGCUUUUCCUUCCUGAUUGCGGCAUUCUGUCAUGAUUUGGAUCAUCGAGGCAUUAGCAACUCCUAUCAAACACAGACGAGCAGCCCGCUGGCUCGCCUCUACAGCAGCGAGGGAAGUGUGAAUGAACGGCAUCAUCUAUCGCAAGCCAUCUGCAUCCUGAACGACUCGAGCAGCAAAAUACUGGACGGAUUAUCGACGACAGAGUUCAAGGAAUGUAUCGACUAUCUGCGGGAGCUUAUUUUGGCUACCGAUCUGGCGAAUCAUUUCCGUAUCCUGCCCAGGUUGAAGAAGCUGAGGGCUGAGUACUUGACCGAAGGAUCGAAUCAACGGCUAUUGCUGUCGCUCAUGAUCACUUGUUGUGAUUUGAACGAUCAGAUCAAGUCCUGGAAGACGGUGCAACACGUAGCGCACCUCGUCUAUGCGGAAUUCUUCGCAGAAGGUGACCUGGAGAAGCAAAUGGGUCUACGACCGAACGCCAUGAUGGAUCGCAAGAAAGCAUGCAUCCCGAUGCUUCAGAUCGAAUUUCUAACCACCGUUAUACGGCCAACGUUUGAAAUUUUGGUGCAAAUCUUCCCGGAAACCGGUACGUUCCUGGAGACGAUCGAUAGUAAUCGCGAACAGUGGGAACGGGUACGGAAUCGAGCCGCACAGCAAGGCAAUGGUAGCGAUACGGCCGGUAACGGUGCAACGGAACCGUGCAGUGGAUGCAAUGCGACUGCCGAAUGUUGUGAUUUUACCUGCUACACAAAGGUGAACGAUUAA